AUGCUGAUGGACCGAAAUGUAAAGCUUCUGUACCGACAGCGAGGGAGUGCGCUGCGGAAAGUGGGUCAAGAUAUUGUCUUUUCUGGUACCAAAGACGUGAAUCACGAAGCUGCCACGCCGGGCUACGAGAAUGAAAUUUUGCCGGCAUUAGACCCAAUUCCAGAUUUUGAGCACGAUCAGCAACUCAAUCUCUCGCAAAGUCAACAUCACACUCCAGAAAAAAACGCUUUUCUGUACGCGUCACAAUCGCCUGCACCUGCACCGGCAGGCCAUGAAGAUCACCUUGAUCUUUUACAUUCGCGUAAAGCCAGCCCGCAAGAAGGUCUUCAGAUCAGUUAUGCGACCCACGGCUUGCUGGAAAGCCCACCGUCGUUACCACCCAGCGAAGAGCCCGUGAUCCCAAGUUACGAUUUUACAGGCGUACCGCUGUCCAAGCUUCCGUCGUCCAUCACUUCUAUCACUUCCAUCGAUGUUCUCAUCGCACUUUUCGCGAAUCUUUUCGAUGAACAAUUAAUCCCCAAAUCUCACGCGAACUAUGACACGGCCAUAUCUGACGCCGAUAAGCUUUCUUUCCAAAUGGACGUUGAUCUUUUCAACCUUUUCAAAGACAAAAUUCUUGGAGACAUGCGCGAUCUUCUAGAUAUCAACAUUUCGAAUAACAACCUCUGCUCGCUGCUGCGACAAGCUCUGAAAUCGAAAAGGGACCUCAGCUCAGAUCUUCUGGAAGUCCGGAAGCAAAUUCACGAAUGGGAAAUGAAGAUUAAAGAGGAAGAAAAACCUGGUGAGCUAGAAAGCAAAUUAGCACUCAAUGAACAGCUCAAGGAGCUUGGUAAUAACAUCAGAAAUGCUCACCUUGGACAAUCUACGGCGCUUGUUGGCAAUGACGAUAGCGUCAGCGACUUCGUCAGAUACAUGGAUCCUCACAAUGGCGCGUCAGCAAGGCUUAAAGCCAUCAUAGCUAAACUGGAGGAGAUCCUUUAG